AUAAAGUGUAUCAAAAAUAUGUAAAUAUAAAGUUACAAAUACAUUUUUCAUAAGCCAUUACAUUGGAGAUAUGUCAAGAUGGCCGAAGAAAGUCCGGGAUAAACAUUUUAACACAUAAGAACAACUUGCGAAAACAAGAUGGCACAUGAGCUACAUUUAAAGAACAACAAAUACCGGCAGUGGGUUAAGGCAGGCCUAGGUUUGGGUUAUCUUAAAGAGGGACUUGCACCAUUUUGUGAUGACAUAGGAAGACAGCAGCACAAAGAUAUCAUAAACGUAAUACAACAAACAAAGGCUCCUCAACCAAAUGUACCAUGUGGCGUCUGUCAGAUAACAACUCUCCAGCCAGACCAUGUCCGAGUAUCAAAAGGGAUAUGUCCCCUCAGACAAGAUAAAUGUAACUGUUGCUUUCCAAAUAAUAAGAACCAAUGUCCGAACAACGUAUGUGGUGCCAUCUAUGACAGCAUUAUACAGAGUCAUGCAUCACAACCACCAGCACCGUUUUGGAAAAACAGUGAUGCACAACAGUGGUCAACAGACCCAUGGAGCGUAUGCAAAUGUUUUAUAAAUGCUCCUGGGUACAAGGACAAGACAUCAGCAGUCGACACUGAUUGUACAGGAUUGCUUCAUGUUAUCAUAAAUAACACAUAUUUUCAUAGUCAUAUUGCAUGCAAUGUUACAGGACCAAGCAAUCUUUUUUCAAAGGUACGUCAGUAUCGAAAUGAAAUUUUUCACUCAAGCAGUAUGGAAUUAGAGGAGAGUAAGGCUAAUUCAUACAUCGAAGACAUGAUAGUUGUUCUAAAAGACGGUAAAAAGCUUGUUCAUCGACAAGAUGCACAACAAGCUGUUAGGAAACUUCAAGAUCUGAAGAAAAAGGAAUUCAUUAUCACUACUGAAGACUUUGAAGAAAUCCUGACACAAAUCAAAGAAGAAAUGAGAACAGAAAAUGCUACAACUAAAGCGGAGUAUAUGGAGCUCAAAAAUAAAUUAACUGAACUUAAAGCACAGAUGUUGGAAGCUCAGAAAGAACGUACAGAAUUGAAAAGAAAAUUUACUGUUCUUGAAACAGAGCAAAAAGAGGAGGCAAAAAGAGUCAAAGAAGAAGGUGUUCAACAAAAAAAGUUAGAAUAUGAAAAGGCUAAAUCAGGUUGUCGUACUCAAUUAAUAGAACAUUAUCGCAGUGAUGUACUUAAAGUAUCAGCAAUACCUUUACAGCCUGAAGAGGAAAUAUGUAAUUUCAGUGACGUUUAUAUAAGACCCACUAUAACAAGCAUGAUUGAAAUGAGCAGAGGGCAGUCUUUGCAAAAAGAAAUACAGUUCAUGUCAGAGAUUUUCUCAAAGAACGGGGAUCCACAGAAAUUUGUUUAUGUUGUUGGAGAUGCAGGGUCUGGUAAGAGUAGUUUUUGUAAAUAUUUGAUCAAUUGUUGGUGUAUGGCACACAGUGAUGGACUUAAUGAAGGUGAUGAAUUUGAAGGAGUCAAGGAAAUGAAGAAAUUCGAUUUUAUGUUUUAUAUUUCUCUUAGACAUAACGUAAAGAAUCGAAGUAUCCAAGAAAUGCUUGAAACGCGAUAUGAUAAGAUAAAAAUUUUAAGCAAUCUUCUGAAAAAUGAUUCUGAAAAGAUAAUUAUUUUGCUUGAUGGUUUAGAUGAGUGGUCUUUUGCCAGUGAGACUAGGAAUGAGUUCCAGGGAGGCCUUCCUGAACGUGACUUUACAAAGAAAUACACCAUUGUUACUACAUCACGGCCAUGGAAAAUUCACAGUUUGAGAGUAAGUAAUAGAGAGAUUCAUCAAUUAUUGAAAUUAAAAGGGUUUGAUGAAACACAUGAACAAGAAAUGAUUAAAAAAACAAUAACAGCAUUGAACGAAUCAUUAGAUCCUAGUGAGUGUGAACAAAAGCUUAAGGUACAAUCUCUUGUUGGCCUGAAACAGGUACCGAUAAUGCUGCAGCAAUUGGUUUGUCUAUGGUGUGAUGGUAAACUAGAUAAAACCUCAAGGUGUGCUACUUAUACUGGUAUGUUAGAACUUUAUUUCACCUGGAAUAUCAAUAAAACUUUAGGAAAUAAUACAGAAUGUAUGGAAAGUUCUCAGAAUAUUGAACUCCCUCAGUAUUUAACAGAUGUAGAGAUUUGCAGAUUAAAUGGCCAUCUUAUAUAUGGCGUGUCGCACCUGGCUUAUGAGACAUUGUUCAAUUAUCCGAAGGAUAAGUCCUUAACAUUUGACAAAUCUGUGUUUGAUGAUUUGAAAAUAUCACAAAAAGUGCGAGAAACAUGUCUGAAACUGGGAAUUUUAACAGAAGAUAAAUGUCCUUCUUUAUCUGUAUCUAAACCGAAAUGCUCAUCUAUCUCUUUCAUUCACAAAUCAAUGCAAGAAUUUCUGGCUGCAGCGUAUAUUGGUAUCACAUUCAAUGCAACAAAUGGUUUGUCAGAUAGUACAGGAAAUGUUGAAUUUGCUAAAAAGUUUAUGAAUGAGGUUUUUCAGAAAUGUUCAACACUAAAUGACCUAUUAGAACAGUCAAAUGUCAUCAUUAUGCUAUGUGGUCUAGAGCCUAGAUUAGCAACACAUGUUUCAAAGUACAUAUAUGAUACUGUGUCAGAAGACUCUGGUGUUCAGGAAUCCAGAAAAACAGUAUGGCGUGAAGAACCAUGUUUUAUUGAUUCUGAUCAAAAGUUUAUGUUUGAGUCAAUGGAAGAAUUAAAUGCAUCAUGUAGUAUAGGAAGUAAUACUGUAUUUUAUAUAGGAGAUUUGGUCAUUGAUAGUCGUCAGUAUUGUGAUAUUGUUUGUUCAGGUAUUGAUCAGAAACAAAUUGUUCCCGACUCUGUUUUGUCUAUUACGGUAGAAGAUUUGAACUCACACAAUUUUAGAUUUACAAAAUAUUUACCAAUGUUUCAUCACCUUGAAAGAAUUACAAUAUAUUAUGGAUAUGAAUCACAAAGCUUUAGUACACAAAGUCGUAGUACAAAGAGUAAUGAACAGAUGAUUGGUGAGAUAAAUCAAUGUGUUUGUGAGACAAUUAAAGUAAACACGUUAACAUUAAAAUCUCUGAGUCUUGAUUUCCAUCCCACUAAAAAGCCGUAUUACCCAGUGUUUAAAACAGUUUUUAGUAACUUACCUAGUAUGAUCAAUCUUGUAGCAAUAAGAAUGAGAAGUAUAACAAUGAGUCAUUAUGCUACUACUAAAUUUUGUAAUUUUCUUGAGAGAACCAGCCAUCUUAAACAAAUAUAUUUUACUGAUGUUAAAUGUAAGUGUAAGAAGCAGCAUGAUGUAAAUUUAUCAAAAUUUCAACAACUUCAGCUCCUUUAUUUGUAUGAUGCUGUUAGUGUGAUAGAUGCUGAUACUACAAAUCUUGAAAAAUUUGUAUUUAUGGAUUUGAAAGAUAGCAAUUAUGAGAAAAUAUUAAAUAUUAUUACAAAAGCUUACACAUUAAAAGAACUUGAAUUGUUUAGAAAUUAUAACAAUAUAUCUCCUUUAAAUCAUACCAACAUAACAAAGAGACUAGUCAGAGCAUUACCAUUGUUACACAAUCUCAGUAAGCUUAGAUUAGAUCAAUGUACUUUAACUGACAAUAUAAUACAGUUACCUUUAGAGAUGAAGAGUUUAAAGUACAUUUUGCUUUUUAUUGUCACAAUGAGUUUGACAACAUGGCAGAAGUUUGUUGAUAGUCUUCCUGGUAUUCCUCAUACUGUAGAUGUGCGUGUACAGCCGUAUUUUAUUACAGCACAUGGUGAGGAGUUUAAUGCAUUGUCAUAUGACGGAUUUAGAGGAGGGAAGGGAAAUUAUGCUAAACAAUAUGUCAAGGAUAAAUAUCAAUUAUUUCAUGUUAGACUUGAUGAUGAUCAUUGUUGUUACUUUUCAACAAAAAAAUGAAAAAAGGUAUUAUAGCAUAGUAUUUAAUCUAAAUUAUUUUAUGUUAAAAGGUACACUAAUUGUUUUUAUAUUUCCAUCAAAAAUGUGAUACUUAUGACAAGAAAUUAUUAAGAAGUUAGAGAAUAAUUAUUUCAUGACUGUAAAAAUAGAUAUAAAUCAUCCGAAAUAUUCAAAGUGUUAAUAAUGAUUUCUGGUCAUUUCAACAUUUUUUGAGUAUUUAAAUAUUAAAAUUGAAGAAAGUAAUAUUAAGAUUUUGUUUACAAAUAAUGAAAAACAUGCAUUGAAAUAUAAUAGAUAUGUUGAUCUUAAUUAAGGUAAAGGUUUUUGUUAAAGAUCAUGGAUAGUUUGUUAGAAAAUAAUGAUAUGAAAAUGUAAUGUUCUAAUAAUAUUGCAUGAAAACUGUCUAGAUAAAAAUGUUAAUAAAUUAAGGGGUAAAUUUCAAAAAAAAUAUCAUAAGACAGAUGUUUAAUGUACUAGGUCAGAAGAAGUAAAAUAUUAAAUGUAACAUGCAAAUACCAGUUAUUUAAAAUAUAUAUAUGGCAAAGGAAUGGUAUAAAUAGAUACAAGUUAUAUGAUAUAUAGUAUGAGGAAAUGAUAUAUAUGAUUUCCAGUUAUUUGAUUAAUAGGACAAGCAAACGGUAUAUUAAGUAAAUACCUGUAAUAUGACAUAUACAUGUAGGACAAUGGAAUGAUAUGAAUAAUGAUAAGUUAUAUGAUAUAUAGUACAAGGGAAUAGUAUUGAUGAAUACCAGUUAUAUGAUGAAUGGGACUAGGGCAGGGGAGUUUUUUAUAUAAAUAUAUGAUAAUAUAGGACAAGUGAAUGUUAUAUAUAAGUACCAGUUAUAUGAUGAAUAGGACAAAGGAAUAGUAUAAAUUAAUAGCAAAUAUAUGAUAUAUAGGACAUGGGAAUGGUAUAUAUUUAUACCAGUUAUAUGAUAUAUAGGACAAGGGAAUGUUUUAUAUAAAUACCAGGUAUAUGUUUAAUAGGACAAGUGAAUGAUAUAUAUAUACAAUGUAUAUAUAUAUUUAUGAAUACAAGUUAUGUGAUAUAUAGGACAAGUGCAUGUUUGAAAUAAAUACCAGUUAUAUAAUAUAUUGGACAAGGGAAUGUUAUAUGUGAAUACUAGUUAUAAGAUAUAUAGGACAAGUGAAUGCUAUAUAUGAAAAUUUCAAAUAUAUGAUAUAUAGAACAAUGGGAAAUGUAUAUAUUAUUAACAGAAAUAUGAUUUAUAGAGUUAUUUGAUAUAUAGAACAAGUUAUUUGUACAUAUGAAUUUGCAUAUAUAUGUUUUCAUUAAGACAGGUACCAUAACUUGUUAUGCCCCUUUAAAGAAAAUGUGCCAAGUUUGAUUAGAAUUGAAGCAGUUUUUAUAGUUUUAUAGCAAUUUGAACUAGUAAGGGGAGACUUUUCAAUGAAAACAGACAUUUUUCCAAAUAUGCUAAUGAAGUAAUGGGUUAAGCUCAACUAUUCAACGAAUAUCGAGAGCUAAGUACUAACGCAUUGGCGUGACAUUUAAGUUAUGUUGUUGCUUUUGCAUGCAAGUUGGUUUCUCAAAAAAAUACUGAAGGAGGAAACGAGUUGAAAAACAUAUACAUGUAUAGCAGUUCUGGGCUGUACCUCAGAGAUUACAAAAAGUUAAUCAUUUAUCGGUUACACCUCAGGAAUAUAUACCAUUUUGUGGCUGUCCCUCACAAAACUUCUCGGCUUCCCCUUGGGGAAAUAUACCAGUUCGCGUCUGCCCCUUGGGGGAAAUAUACCAGUAUUGGGCUGCCCUUUUAGGAAAUAUUCCAGUUAUCAGGGGUUUCUAGGGAAAAAACAUGUGUACCAGCUCUUGGCUGCACCUCAGAGAUAUACAUGUAAAUCAUUUAUCGGCUACACUUCAGGAAAUUAUACAAGUUUGUGGCUGCCCGUAAGGUAUAUAUACCAGUUCUCGGCUGCCCCUAAGGUAUAUAUACAAGUUCCCGGCUGCCCCUUUGGGAAAUAUGCCAGUUCUCAGUGACCUUACGGGGAUAUAUACCAGUUCUCGGCUGAAAUAUGUUCCAGUAAAUGACUUCCUUUGGGGGAUAUACCAUUUCCCUUGAUGUCAAUUUCCUCUUGCACAACAACAGCUAUAUGUUAUAAAUUUAUUUAUUACCAUGGUUAUGUAAUGUUUACACUAAAUUUUAAAGUGUUAAUAAGUAUCUGUAAGUCUAUUAUUACUCAGCUGAGCAAUUUAGAUAUGUUUCUUGCAUGUAAACAUAUGUUACACAUAUCUGUUUGUUACAUGUAAUUAUGACUGCAUGUAUCUAGUACAUAUGUAAACAUAUAGUUACAUGUUAAAAUUGUUUAUUGUAUAAUAACAAGCUUUUGCAAUAUUUUUAUGAAAAUAAAAUUAUAUUCUUAAAUAACAAGUAAUGUUAUGUGGCAUGUAACCAUACAUACAUUUAAAACAGUUAUAAAGACCCAUUAAGUCUUAAAACAUGCAGUGACUUUUAUCUUUUUAAACACUUUUAUUUUUUUUUGUCCAAAAAGUUUCUAAUUGGCCAUAAUAUCUGAACCAUCUUUAGUUCCUUUUGCAUUUUAGCAAGUAAUACCGUAAUGAAGAAUAAGUAUUUUAUAUGGAAAUCAAAUAACCAUUUUGUUAAUAUUUUGCUAUAUUUAUCGUAUUUCUUUUCAAACUCCUUUUUUUGUCAGUUGUCAGUUAAUAAGAAUAUCGUUUGUUGUAAAUCUAUUAUUUCAACAUUAUACAACACUUAUUUGCCCUUUUUAGAAAAAUAAAUAUCUAUUCAUUUCUGAGGCGUAAUGUGCCUUGUAACUGUAAAUGUCUAUAUAGUAUAUAAGUAGACAUAAGUAUGGUAACAUGAAAAUUAUGUUAUGAAUAAAUGGUUACUAGAUAUAUGAAUGUUUAUGUGUAUUUUAUGUUUAGAUAUGUUAUGUCUUAUGAACAAAUGCAUCAAACAUGUGUGUUUGUGACUUAGAAUUAUAGAUUAAAAUUAGCAAGUACAAUUGUAAACCUAUGUACAGGAUGACAAAUCUAUACUGUUCAUAUAUAUAUUUUUACAAUUCUAUAUGAAAUUGAUAUAAGUUCUGGUCUGGAAUAUAUUUUGUCAAAUGUACAUUUAUUUUGAACAUUACUGUUUAAAAUUUAAAGGUGUUUAUAAUACUUGUUAGCAUAUAUAAACACUUAGAGCAAUUAACAGUCUUAAAAAUUUUAAAACAAUUAUAUUCACUUAAUAUUGAACUUUGUUUAUUACAAUUAGUGGAUUUUGGAAUUGGAAGUUAAUAAAUGACAUCAAAUAUGUUUCAUUACUUUGCCAUAAGCAAUUUGAUUGUAACUAGAAAUUUAUAUAGUUUUAUUCACUACGAGUAUUACAUGAAUUUAAACUUUGUUAAAAUUUUAUGAUUUUAAAGAAGAAUUGGAAGUUGAUUUGUGGUUUCUUGAUUUUGUUUUAUAUUUUAUAAGCAAUUGUAUUAAUUGAUAAAGAUAUGGAAAUAUAACAUAUGAAAGGAAUUUAAAUAUACACAUGCAAACCUCUAUUCAGACAUUGAUUGACUUAGAUUUUGUAACAUUUCCAACAUUAUGCAUUUUUUUAAACUUGUAAACGUUUGAAUUUUCUCAAUUUAUUUAGAAAAAAAUUAGAAACAAACUAAAACGUAACAUCGUAAUGUUUAAUAUGCUUUACAAUAUUAUGGAUAUAAAUUGUUAUUGAUUAAGAACUAUCGGAACGAAAUACUUCAAAUGGUGGCAUAUAAUAUUAUAUCAGUAUAGAGAAAUGUUAACAAUAUAUAACCUUUAGAUCUUUUCAUAGAAACUUUAAAGAGAAACUUGUUUUGUUUUUUUUGUUUUUUUUUUCUACUGAUUAUGUUAUAAUUGUAAUACAAUGUACUUUUAAAUUAGUAAAAUGUAUUUGUUUGCUUGUUUUGAAAGCAUGAGUGUGUGACUGUUCAUAAUAAAAAAAUUGU